CUUCUGCUGCCAGUGUCCUUGUCCUCACCGUGAGCUGCAGCCAUCCCCCACCUCUGCAGGAGACCCUCCAACACUAGCACAGCAGUAGUGACUUGUCUGAAGAAAAUGGAAAUGGUGAUAGCUCAGAAGAGGAGGAAGAAGAGAGAUUCUCAAAGAUGCGAAUCAUCUAUUUGGGACUGCUCCUUUCCAGUCUGACUCUCGCAGCACCAACAUUGCAACCGCAGGCUGAGAAAAUGAAGCAGGACUCGGUGGAAGAACACAGGAUCAUGUACAAGGGCCACCAUGAGAAACAUGGGUAUUACGUGUUUAAGUAUGUUUACACCUCGUCUGGGAGGAAAAAUCAAACUGAUGUGAAGCAGGAAGAAGAAAACAAAGACAAUAUUGCUCUUCUCCAUUCUGGCAAGAAACGAAAUCAAGAGCCAGCGCCUAAAGAAAACAUUGUCCAAGAUAAAAAGAAAGCCUUGUCCCUCCCUGGAACCAAUGAAAAUAACAAAAGCACUAAACCUCAAAAUCUUCUGGAAAAUAGGCAGACAAUGAGUAAAGACUAUAGAAUUAGUAACAAAGAAAAUGCCCACAAUGACCUGAAGAUGUCCAUUUAUCCUGAAUCAACUGGGAAUCAUGGGACUGAGAAUGGAGACAAUGCUGUUAGCAAACUACAUGACCAGGAAGAAUAUGGCAAAGCUCUCAUCAGAAAUAACAUGCACCACAUAACGGAGCCAGGGACUGUGACUGAACUCUUGAGGGAAGAAAACACAGAGAACAAACCCCGGAAUGUUUUAAGCAAAGUUCCAGCAGGUGCCAAUUAUGCUAAAGCCCCCUCAAAAAUUAAGAAGGAUCAUCAAAGAGAUUCCCAAGCCCAGAAUAUUCCAGUAAAAAGCAAAAGUACCCACCAUAUCCAACCCAACAUGGACCGUCUAAAACAGCUCCCCCAAGCCAAACAGGUCUCCAGUGAUUUUGAAGGCAGUGGCUAUCCAGAUCUUCAAGGGCAGGAGGACAAUGAUAUCUCUCCUUUCAGUGGAGAUGGUCCACCUAUUAAGGACAUUUCUGGUAAAGGAGAUGCUAUUCGUCCUGACCGAGAAGGUACAGAUAUUCAAACAGAGUUUUCCAGCCCAAGUGAAGCUGAGACCGUAACUCCUGGUGCAAGAGGACCAGGUUAUAAUGAGAUCCCAGAGAAAGAAGGGAAUGGUGGAAAUACCAUUGAAACCAAGGAUGAAACAGCCCAAAAGGCAAACGCUGCUGAUGUGAGCCUAGUGGAGGGCAACAACAUCAGAGGUAGCACCGAUUUUAAGAAACUCUCUGGAAAAGAAGGAAACAGAGAGGAUGGCAGCAGCCAAAAUGUUCAUCGAGGGCAGAUAGAGUUUCAUUACCCUCACGCACCCACAGAAGACGGAAGAAAAGAUGGCGGUAGCGAUGGAGCUGAAAGUACUAAUGAAAUCCCGAAAAAUGGCAAAGGUAGUAGUAGACAAGAUACAGAACAUUCUAAAAGGAAUCAAGUGACCUCAAAUGAAAAACAAAGAUUUCCGAGUAAGGGCAAAGGUCAGGGCCAGUUCAUUCCUUCUCGUGGUCUUGAUAAUGCAAUUACAAAUGAAAUAGCUUCCCGGAAUGGUCCCAAUAAUGAAGGGACCGUAAUAACACACAGCAGGAAAAAUUAUUAUGGGCCCCACAGACAAAAUAAUUCUAUGCAGGACAAGGGUGUGUCACAAAGCAGAGGUUCCUGGGGUUACAGAAAGCCCCAUUCCAAUAGGAGGUUUCGCCCCCCUAAAAAGCAUGUCAGCAGUGAAUCAUCUGACAGUGGCAGUUCCAGUGAGAGCAACGGUGACUAGAAAUUCCCAGCAGGGGCAAGAUUUGAAUACUUGGUCAGCUGUGACCUGACAGUAUAAAGGGGGGCCACCUGAUUGCAGAUUAGAGGGACAGAGCCAGGAAUUGAAUAAACCAAGAAACCUGGCCUCCUGGGGAGAACUGUUGCUAUUUUAAUGG